UAUUUAUUUACUGUGUACGAAUACACUGUAGCUGACUUCAGACACACCAGAGGAGGGCAUUGGAUCCCGUUGCAGAUGGUUGUGAGCAAUUUUUCAAACUUUUAAGGAGCAGACGCAGUUCAUAAAAUUAUCAGGACAACAGGAAAAUUGGGCCGCUUUCCACCUAUGAUGCAUCACCACACGGCACCCUCAGAUGGUCAGACACCAGGGGCUCAUUUCCAGAGGUCUCAUCUUGCAGAGGCCUUUGCAAAGGCCAAGGGAGCAGGAGGCGGUGCUGGAGGAGGGGGUAGUGGACGAGGACUGAUGGGCCAGAUCAUUCCAAUCUAUGGCUUCGGGAUUUUUUUGUACAUCCUGUACAUUUUGUUUAAGCUUUCAAAGGGGAAAACUGCAGAGGACCGGAACUGCUCCACUGCCCCACCCGGAAACACCCACCGGAAGAUCACCAACUUUGAGCUUGUUCAACUACAAGAAAAACUAAAAGAGACAGAGGAAGCCAUGGAAAAAUUAAUCAACAGAGUGGGACCUAAUGGUGAGAGCAGAGCACAGACUGUGACUUCUGACCAAGAGAAACGAUUACUGCAUCAGCUCCGAGAAAUCACCAGAGUCAUGAAAGAAGGCAAGUUCAUUGACACAUCUCCAGAGAAGGAAGCUGAGGAAGCCCCGUACAUGGAGGACUGGGAAGGUUACCCAGAAGAGACUUAUCCAAUAUAUGACCUUUCGGAUGGUAUCAAGCGUAGGCAAGAAACUAUCCUGGUGGAUUACCCAGAUCCAAAAGAGCCCUCUGCUGAAGAAACAGCUGAACAAAUGGGAGCGUUAGACGAGGAGAGCUCAGAGCACUUGAGCUGGGAUCGUCUGCCCACUGACCCCGGAGUCCAGAGAGAUAAUUCUGUGACCCUGUGUGACCCUAAACCCGAAUCAUGCUCCUGCUGUUUUCAUGAAGACGAGGACCCUGCUGUCUUGGCAGAGAAUGCUGGUUUCAGUGCAGAUGGCUACAGUGAGCAAGAGGAAGCCACCAAGGAAAACUUGCCCCAAGACUUUACAGACGAAGGGCUGGGGACCAGCACUGAUAACACACAUGUGGGCGGCAUGUUGAGGAAGCGCAGCCCCCAGGGUUUUGAGUGAAAGCAGCCUGCUUGGAAAGUAUCCAUUACUCUGUCACCAUGGUACCUUUCCUCAGUUCAUCCAUGGCCUGUGCCAUCUGCAUCCUUCUGUGUUCAGAAUCACAGUUCUUGGGCCACUACCAUGGAUACAGUCUAUCCUUCCUGGUGCUUGCACACCUGUCACUUUGUAAAGUAGCCUUUAGUGUGAACACGGGACAGAAUCACCUCUCUCUUCUUUCUUUUCCCUGUCAGAGACGCUAACCCAUUCAGUAAUUGUAUUUGGUUGUUUGUGCUUGCAGGUGGCAGCACCUAGGCAAACAUCUGAUCCCUCCUCAUAGGAGCAACAGAUGAUUUACCUGUGAGUGAGUUAUUGAAUGGGUUUGUUAGGGUAGGACAGUUGUGAAUGAGGACUGGGUUCGCAGAUAUUGAGGACUUAAGUUUUAAAAGUGAAGAUUUUAGAUUCCCAAAUGCCUUAUUCUUUGGGCUUUCAGCUGGUUAGUGGUCUCCUGAGAAGAGUGUGCUUGAUUCUGAGGCUAGGGGUCCAGAGCACAGUGAAAUAGCUGAGCUACGAUCUCUCCUCAUGGCCUUCUAAGAUACCCUGACUCCUCCAGAGCAGCAGGCCAUGAACACAUGGGCCCCUUUGGAGACCAUUUCACUUGCAUAUUCCCUCCAUCCCUAGCUUCCUUUGUCCUUAUUCUGUUGAACAGAAUUGCCAAAUCUAGAAGUACCUUUGAAUGUCUUCUGUGGCUAGAGGGAGUUUGUGUCCCCAGAGAUGAAGUUUGAGGUUGCUUGGAUAUGGUGGUCCUUCCAUGAGGCGCUCAGGUAGCCAGGAAGCCAUGUCUUUGUGAAACAAGAUGGAACCUAAGAAUCCUAACAAGGGUGAGUCAGUUCAGUUACAUGAAUUGAAAGUGAAAGGCCGUGUGUCUCCACCAGCAUUCCCACUCAGGAAAUGGGAGACUCAAAAUUUAAGGAAUUCUGUGACGCUGGAUACAGUCUUUAGAAUUCUAUUGUACCUGGCGAGAAUAUGAUGCCAGAAGGUAGUUUGGACCACUCAGGAGCAUACUGCACCGCCUGUCAUCAGAAGGUCUGAGACCACACUAAGAUACUGUCAGCCAGUAGAAAGCUUUACAUCUUAGCUGGGGUAGAGAAGACCCUGAGUGAGUCUAAAACCGAGCUGCACUGUAUCAAUCUGUGUAGAAUGGUUGAUUGAACUUGUGCAGAAUGCAGUUAAACAUGGACCGAAGAUGGUCUUGGCAUAACUAAGUAUAAAAAGCAGUGUAGGCAUUCUUGUUUGGGCAAAUUGUUUUCUGGAUGGUUCUGGCAUCCACCAUGAGAAGUUGAUUUAGGAUAGCCCUGAGUCACUGGUUCCAGUGUUUGUUCAUAGGAUACAGUUCUGUUAUGAGGUAAGGACUUGUUUCCUUCUCAUUAGUUAGACAACUGCUCUGUGCUGAGUACUAUGGAGACUGAAUUUGUACCUUGAAGAGUUUCAGUUUAAUGUAUGAGUCUGACAGAUGCACUGUGGACCACAGGAAGGCUUGGGAUUGUGAAUUCUUCAGGCAGAUUUCCCUGUGCCUCAGGCUGUGGAAUUUUAGAUCGGCUCCUUAGGCAGUCUGGGCCUGGUUUGGGCAAAGUGAGGGUAGUAAAAACACAGGUCUUUCAGGGCUGUAAGCUGUAAAUGAGGUAGUCAGUGCGCAUAGGGUGGCAUGCUUAAUUAUGUUGUUAGCUCAUGCAGAUCAUGUGGUAGCUGUUUUAUUAAUCACAGUGUGGACCAUAAACCAUAGGAGCAAAAAAGAACAGGAAUGUUUUUGCCAAAGUACCAGAAAAUUUCAGAAGACACUUUAUGGCAAGCUAAGAACAUGGCAAGGAAGAGAAGGACAUUUGGGCAGAAAGAGUAGGCUAGCAAAAGUGGGGUGUGUAGAUGGAUAAUCAGCUGGGAAAGGUUUAGAGUCGCUCUGUUACUAUUGGGGAUGAGCUAUGGAAACAGUUCCCACCAAAAGGACCAAUCCUUCGUGGUUCUUGCCACUCUAGAUGUUAGUUUGCACAUAGGAAUAUAUUUAUUUGUAUAUACUGGAAACUUUGAAGUACCUAUUAGUAAUUUGGCAUAUAGGCUUUUUUGUUUAUUUUUCAGAAUUGUAUCUUUUGGAUAUGAUGAUUUUACAUGUAUAUCCAAUCCAGGGUGGCCAACAUCAAGGGACUGUUUUGUUGUUGUGAUCUUUAUUUCUCAGUAUUAAGGGCUUUAUCAAGGCUCUGCCAUUACGUCUGCAGUGACCUCUGGGCACCGUAGCCACUGCACAUCACCUAGGAGCAUGCUCGGUAAGUCAGGUGGGUGAUCAGCCAGAAGAUCCCUUAACUAGGUUAUACAGGAACAUGACUGUGCCUCAUUAUCUCAGGGACUAGGCCUGGGAGGUACGCUGAGAUGUAGGGAUGGAUUUAGCCUGUAAAAGUACUGGCCUGCGAGAACUAUGUUCUUUGUAUUUAGACUUAGGUGAUAAAAUAACAUGGUCUACACUCAGACACUCUGACAAAAGGAACCUAAUACUCAUUGCAUAAUUAAAUUUUCUCAUUGCUAUGUCGAACAAUGCACGAGGAACGUAUAGUUGAGGGCAGUCCUUCAGGGCAGCAGGAGUCAGAGGACUGGUUCACAGGGAGCAGAGAAAGAUGAUGGAUGAUAGCACUUGACUUGGUUUGCCCCUUUUAUUCAGUCUGGGACCCCAGCUAAAGGGACAGUGCUAUCCAGAGUAAGGAUGGGUCUUCCUCCUCAGCUAGACUUUCUUGUAAAGAUCUUCAUAGACAAGCAUGUUUCCAUGGUGAUUCUGAGUCCCAUAAAGUUGGCAAUAAAGUGUAAACACCAGAGGUAAUAGGUAUAAAACAAGAUUUUCCUGGUCAUGCAUUCUACACAUUUAUGAUUUUUCUUCAAUCUGAUGACGAAACAAAUGAAACCUCUCUCCCUUGUAGAACACCCAGUGUAUGAUCUCACAAAUGCAGCUGCUACAGGACCGCCACGGUCAGGUAGGGAAUGCUUCUGACCCACAUCCAAACCAAGCCGAGUAAAUAAACCCUAAUUAUAGACCUGCUCUUCAAUUCCCCUUCUUACUUAGACAAUUUGUAUCUUCAAAGAACAUUUCGUCACUUAGUGGGCAGUGAUCAGGAACGAUACAAACCAACUAUUCUGUAACCUCUUUAACCAUUAGCAUGUCUAAAACACUUUCUAGUAUCAAGAAAACAGGCUAUUCCCUCACUUUCCUUGUGGAUGGACCAGGAAUCAUGUCCACCUUACAGGAUUGAUUAUGGAGUGUCUGUCCCAGAGUGAAGUGUGCAGUGGGUGUUUGGCAUCGUCACUGGGGUGAAUCUCCUGCUGCUGGACUAUCCGACUUGAUACCUCUCUAUGGCCACUCUGUGUGCCAAGAAUGGUCCAGAGCCACUCUGGGGUUUGUGUGACUUUGUGAUGACUCCCUUUAAGAACAACCACAGGCUUGCAUCAUGUUGGCUUCAAACCCACCACAGACUAGAAUGGUUCUCACGCAUGUAAGAGUCCUGUUUAAAUAGACCCCGCUCCAAGCAAGGCCUUUCCCACCCCUGAGUACUACAGCCCAGUUCUGUCCACAAGGGCCAUGCCCACCAAGCAUACUUAGGAAUCCCAGCCAGUUCUUCAGUGACCUAGAUGACCUGGAAGUGUCUCCCUGCUAUCAAUGUGACACCACAGGAGAAGGCAGUGCUGGUCCGUAUGUCACUGCACAGGAGAAGGCAGUGCUGGUCUGUUUGUCACUGCACAGGAGAAGGCAGUGCUGGUCUGUUUGUCACUGCACAGAAGAAGGCAGUGCUGGUCCUUAUGUCACUGCACAGGAGAAGGCAGUGCUGGUCCAUAUGUCACUGCACAGAAGAAGGCAGUGCUGGUCUGUUUGUCACUGCACAGGAGAAGGCAGUGCUGGUCCAUAUGUCACUGGUUCUAAACAUGCUCUGGGCCCUCUUUGCUACUCUUACCCACCUGACCCUUUGGCGCCUAGAAAGGGAUGGAAUGGAGAACAUUUUAGGAGAGACGGGUUUUUCUCUCCAUGAAAAACAAGGACACACAGUCAAACAGUUCAAGUUUAAUUUGCUGAUACACGUCUGUACUUAGACAAACACUAAAUUCUACAACAUACAUAAUGUCAUUAUGGGAAAAUACCAAGUUUGUCAUUGCACAUACCAAUAAAUAAAUACAUUUGCUUCAGAAUACCAAAAA